UGUUGCCGUGCUGUAACCAGGAAGUAGCUGACACGAGUUUCAGAUGUGCUGAUCAGUGAGCGGGGAAAAACUCAGCCGAACCAAAUCUAACAAAAUGACUGAGACUUUGAACGGCUCGGAGGGCAUUUCACUGCACGACUUCUCUGAGAAGAUCUUGGAGCAGGUGGUGCAUUUCCACGUCAUGAAGCUGAGCGGGGGCUUCUUCUUGUGGGUCGGUUCCGCUCCGGUUCUGUCCAACCUGGCGGUGUCGAUGAGCAGCAGAUAUGAUUCGAUGCCUUUGUCAACUUUGGUGUUGGGGGACCCAUCUGAUACCACUGCAAAUUCUCUGGCCCAGAGAUUAGCAAAGAAGACGAAGAAACAAGUGUUUGUGAGCUACAGUCUGCCGGUGACGGACUCCAACCUCAGUCUGCUGGUGGAGAACCGGAUCAAGAAGGAGCUGGAGCUUCAUCCACAACACUUCUGAGCUCAUCUGACCAACCCCUGUCCUUCCCAAAUAAAAACCAGGACAGACACAUUGUACACCCAGUGUUCUUUUAUUGACGUAAUAAAUUAAGUGGUUUAUUAUCAAAACAUGUCGGCCUAUGGCUUUUUUUUUUGUACAAAUGCAUCAUAUUAAAAAAAUAACACUUAGAAAACA